AUGAAGUCGAUUAAUAUAUUGAGUUUCCUGUUGCUUUCAACUACCCUCUCUUUGGUUGCCUUUUCUCAUGAAUUUUCCAUUUCUGAUAAUAAUGGGAAUAUUGUAUUCCCUCCCGUGCUGGACAUGGACGGCGAAUAUCUCAAGAUAGACGAGGAGUACUCCAUUAUCAGUGCUCUCUAUGGCGGUGGAAGCGUAUACUUAGCUGAUAUUGAUAACCGUACCGAAUGCCCAAAUGACGUUUUGCUUGACAGUUCUGGUGAUUUUGAGCACAGCACACCCGUGUUGUUUUAUACUAUGCAACUUGGAAGUCAAUUCGUUUCUGAAGACCAAGAUGUUAGUAUAAUGUUCUCAACUAAGUCAUGUUUUAACGAAACUGUUUGGCAAGCUGGUGAUUACAUGCUAGGGCCGAUACAUCCACCACCUAGGUUUGUUAUAACUGGUGGUACCUUAGGAUUUCCAGGACCUAAUAACAUAGAGAACUGCUUCAAGAUUGAGAAAUAUGAGAAAGGGAUACCUCAUUCUUACAAGUUAAGGUAUUGUCCUAGUUAAUAUAUUUGUCCAACAUGCCAAUUUGAUUGUGCAGAUGUCGGACUAUACGAAAAUAAGGGAUACGCCCGUCUGGCUCUCAAUAACAAGCCUUAUCCAUUUGGCUUCACCAAAGUAAACAAGAAUGAUGCAUAGUUAGUUAAUUAUCUAUGCUUAUUAUAACCUAGCUAGCUUUCUAAAAUAAUGUGGAUCAUGCUUCCAUGUAAUAUUAAUGCUUAUGAUGAAUAAAAUAGCUAGGUCCUUUAUUUAU